AUGUUAAACUAUAUUAAGGUGGAGGAAUUACCAGUGGUUUCAGGCCAAGAAGAUAGAAGAAUCUGGGUAGGUACAUUGUCUGGUGAAUUUAUUGUAUCCUUUGCUGCUGAAUUGAUAAGGAAGAAGUACAAUAAAGUAGAUUGGGCUAGACAUGUGUGGAACCCAGUUCUACAUCCUACAACAUCCAGUAACAUAUGGAAAAUAGUCCAAGGAGUCUGUGCAACUGAUGAGAAAAUGCAAGGUAAAGGUUUCAACUUGGCAUCAAAGUGUUAUAUAUGUGGUAAGGAUACAGACAAUAUUGAGCAUAUAUCGUGGAAAUGUAAUUUUAGUCAGCUUAUCUGGGAAUGGUUGGGAGGAAUAUUUCUUUUCUGCAAUCCUAAAUCCUAUGAAGAUGUAAUGAAAUUUGCAAAGCAUAAAAGUGGUGUAGUGCAAGAAGUGUGGAUUCUGGAUGCUUCAAUAACAAUGAUGGAAAUUUGGUUUUUAAGGAACAUGAUAUGUUUUGAAGAUGAAAGGGGGAGUUUGGUUAGUAUAAAGCUGAGAAUAAAACAGUAUGUUAAAGACUGUGCAUUUAGAAUAAGGAAUUUCAUGUGGGAUUGUAGUUAUGACUACAUGAUUUUCAGAAAUUUUGAGAUUAAGAAGCAACCAAUAAAGCUCCAGAAAAUUGUUGAACUGAGAUUUUGUCUACCUGAAGUAAAUCAGAUACUCAUCUGUUGUGAUGGUGCUUCUAGAGGAAAUCCAAGAGCAGCAGGUAUGGGAUUUGUAUGCAGAGGAGAGAAUGGAGAGUUUAUAUAUGCAGAAUCAAGAGGAUUGGGUAUAGCAACAAACAUCAUAGCAGAAAUAAUGGCAAUUAUUGGAGCAGCUGAAUGGGCAGUGGAGAAUAACAGGUUUAAUCUCUGUAUUCAAUCUGAUUCAAAUGCAGCAAUAACAGCUUACACAUCUGAGAAGAUUCCUUUGAUAGUUCAAGCAAGAUGGCAGAGAAUAAAGCUACUAUUCAGGAGGAUUCAAAUUUUUCAUAGUACGAGGGAAAUAAAUUUUACUACAGAUGUUAUGGCCAAGAAGGGUGCAUGUCUGAGCAGGGGGAUUCGUCAGAAGUACACAACAAAACCAAGAUUUCUUCCUUCACUGGAAAUGCCUGACAAAAUAUAUUACAGAUUCUGUUGA